AGCAGGAAGUGACGUUUCCGGAUUGUGCCGUGCCGGUGGGGGGCGCUUCCGCUUCCGGUUGAGAGUUGGUCGCCAUGGCGGUGCUGGCUUCCAACCCCAACAACCCGGUGGUCUUCUUCGAUGUCACCAUAGGCGGCCAGGAGGUCGGGCGCAUGAAGGUGGAGCUCUUCGCCGACGUGGUGCCGAAGACGGCCGAGAACUUCAGGCAGUUUUGUACCGGGGAAUUCAGGAAAGACGGCGUUCCUAUCGGCUACAAAGGCAGCACCUUUCACAGGGUUAUAAAGGACUUCAUGAUUCAAGGAGGCGACUUUGUGAAUGGAGAUGGCACCGGAGUGGCGAGCAUAUACCGGGGUCCCUUUGCCGACGAGAACUUUAAGCUGAAGCACUCGGCUCCGGGCUUGCUGUCGAUGGCAAACAGCGGCCCGAGCACCAACGGCUGCCAGUACUUCAUCACGUGCUCCAAGUGUGACUGGCUGGAUGGGAAACACGUGGUCUUCGGUAAAAUCGUCGACGGGCUGCUCGUCAUGAGAAAAAUUGAAAAUGUGCCCACGGGUCCCAAUAACAAGCCCAAGUUGCCGGUGGUGAUCGCCCAGUGUGGCGAGAUGUAGGGAGCAGAGUCACAGGUUAGUCUCUCUCCCCCCGCAUCUUGGACCACCUGCAUCUCACAACGGCUCCAUCCUUUGCUCCCACUUCCCCCCGCAUUCCACAUUUUUAUUGUAAAUAAAAGGUUUUCUUUAA